AUGCCAACCCCAACCGAAUCAUCCUCAACUCUUCGCAAGACCCUCUGGUGGUUCUUCAUCUUCUAUGUCCUGCUCAAGAUCGUCGUCAUCGUCUUCAUCAUCGGUUACUACUCGAAAUAUGGUGUCGCCGACAAAAACUCGACCAUCAUCGUCUUCGGCCUCGGUGGACUCCACGGAAUUCAUGGAUGA